CCAUCUGACACGAGUCCUUGAGGACAGCAGAGCUCACAAGGGUCUAGGACAAGAGCCAGUAAGAAACCAGAGAGAAAAUACUUCUUGAAAACAUGACUUCCAAGCUGGCUGUUGCUCUUUUGGCAGCUUUCCUGCUUUCUGCAGCUGUGUGUGAAGCUGCAGUUCUGUCCAGGAUCAGCACAGAACUUCGAUGCCAGUGCAUAAACACACACUCCACGCCUUUCCACCCCAAAUAUAUCAAAGAACUGAGAGUGAUUGAGAGUGGGCCACACUGCGACCAUUCAGAAAUCAUCGUUAAACUUGUCAGUGGAGUAGAGGUCUGCCUGGACCCCAAGGAGAAGUGGGUGCAGAAGGUUGUACAGAUAUUUUUGAAGAGAGCAGAGCAACAAAAUUCAUGAAGAAGAAAAUAACGUAUUCUCCAUGGUUUCCAAGAAUUCCUCAGUAAAGAUGUCAAUGAAACUUGAAACAAAUCUUCAGCUCUUCAUGUACUGUGGGGGGCCUGGUGUAGGGUUACCAGAUAAAAUUCAGGAUGCUCAGUUAGAUUUGAAUAAUAAGCAAAACAAUGAAUAGUUUUUUCAGUGUCCCAUGAACAUUGUCCCAUGCAAGUCCAGGACACAUAUAUUAAGAAACUAUUCAUCUGUUACCAUAAAUUCAAAUUUAUCUGGAAAUCUGUAGUUUUUUGUUGUUGUUAAAUCUUACAACCUUAGUCUGCCAGCCAGGAAGCCUACACCCCUGUCAACUGUACCUCAGCUUCUCCUUUAUUCCUAAACUGGAGAGAAAGUGUGAGCCACCAUCCUACUUUGCAGAGAUGUGAGGUCAUGUGGAAGCACAUUAACCUUUUUUCAUGGUCAUACACAUUAUUUUCAAGUGUAACUUAUUCAUCUAUUUAUUAUUUAUGUAUUUAUUUAAGCUUUGAAUGUAAGACUGUACAUGAAUUUGCAAAAAUGAGAAAGGAGCAUUAUUGAUAGAAUUGUGUAAUGAUGGUAGUGAAUUGAUAUUUAUUUUAGAUAUUAGAUGGUGUUACAUUACAAAACAAUUUUGAUCAAAGCUUUUAUUCUUUGAUCGGGUUACCAGAUUUAGCAAAAUGAAAAAACAAACAGGAUACCCAGUUAAUUUUCAUUUCAGAUAAACAAAUGACUGACUGUUCAGUAUAAGUAUAACAUUAUUUAUCUGAAAUUUUAAUGGAACUGACAGUCCUACUUCAAUAGACCCUACCCUGUCUGUCACUGCCAAGCCUUGGCAGGCAACUGCUGUGCUAGACCACCAGAAUCCGUGGGUAGGACUACCUUUCUCAAAGUAGCAAACUCACCAAAAAAUGUUAACAAGUAAUUUCUUGCUGGUUAUUUAUAUGUGUAAAUAGAUUUAUAUGUACAAAUAGAUCCUCAUAAUUUUAUUUAAAUUAUUUUUUUUUAACAUUGACUUUUUUUAUGUCUUCACAAAGAGCUUUAUUUUACUGUUUUUGAUAGUAUGGAAAUAGAAAUUUAACUAUAAGACGUUUAAAAUAAACUUUAUUGUCAAAGUCA